CGUCUUCUCUAACCCUUUCCUUCCUUCCUUCCUUCCUUCCUAUUACCAUCUUUAAGCUAACUCACAAUUCUCUUUGCUUUCCUUUUUUUUCCUUUUCCAAAACCUCUUUUCUUUAAUCCUUCCCUCAUUGUUUAUCUACAAAGUGAAGGGAGAGAAAAGAUCGAGGCUUUUCCUAGUUUUCUCUCUGAAUUUUUUGGGUUUUCUUUUGUUUGGUGAGGAUAUUUUCUUAAGUUUGUUGUUUCUUUUUGGUGGAGAUAAUAAGCUGAGAAAGAGGAAAAAAUGUGGGAUCUCAAUGACUCGCCGUAUCAACAACCGAGAGACGAUGAAUCCGAGGGCUGUUGUUCGUCUCAGAAGACUUCCGUAGAUGGUGAUGAAGACAAGGGAAAACGGAUCGGAUCCAUGUCGAAUUCAAGUUCUUCAGCUUUGGUGGUCGAGGAUGGAUCGGAAGAAGAAGAUGGUGAGCGAGUUAAAGCGGGGUUAAAGAAGAGAAGUAGCAGGAUUUUCGGUUUCUCGGUGCCUCAUGAAGAAGAAGAAGAAGAGUGCUCCAUGGAGAGUGAACCGGCUCACGUGACCCGGCAGUUCUUCCCUCUCGAUCAAGACCAGGAAACGGGUUCUUCUUCAGGGUUCCCCAAGGCUCACUGGGUAGGCGUCAGAUUCUGCCAAUCGGAGCCUCUCGCACCGGAAAGAUCCGGUGAAGGUUCAAACCCGAUGAAGAAAAGCAGGAGAGGACCUAGGUCGAGAAGCUCGCAGUAUAGAGGAGUUACCUUUUAUAGAAGAACUGGCAGAUGGGAGUCUCAUAUUUGGGAUUGUGGAAAACAAGUUUAUUUAGGUGGAUUUGACACGGCACAAGCGGCUGCUCGUGCAUAUGAUAGGGCAGCAAUCAAGUUCCGGGGAUUAGAGGCCGAUAUAAACUUUAGCAUCGAAGAUUACAAGGAAGACUUGAAACAGAUGAGUAACCUAACCAAGGAAGAAUUUGUGCAUGUUCUUCGCCGACAAAGCACCGGUUUUCCCAGAGGAAGCUCCAAAUAUAGAGGAGUUACUUUACACAAAUGUGGGAGAUGGGAAGCCAGAAUGGGCCAAUUUUUAGGCAAAAAGUAUGUUUAUUUAGGCUUGUUUGACACCGAGAUUGAAGCAGCCAGGGCAUAUGACAGAGCUGCAAUUAAGUGCAAUGGCAAAGACGCUGUUACUAACUUUGAUCCCAGCAUAUACGAAAACGAAUUUAAUAAUUCUGGUGAAACGUCCGGUAACGCCGGAGAUCACAACCUGGACUUAAGCUUAGGGAAUUUGAACUCGAACAAUGUGAAAACUGUGACGGGCAGGCAAAGUGGUAUGGGUUAUAGCGAGGAAGAAACAAUGCUGCUGUUGAGUCAAACGCACAUUCAAUCUCCAGCUUCAGCUAGGUAUAAUAAUGGACAGUUUAAGAGACCUGGAGAGAUGUUUCAGAUUACUCCUCCAUACAUUAAUCCAUCAACUUAUCAGAUUCAUUUUCCAAGGAGCAGCAAUGGAGGCGGAAUUGGGUGUGAUCUUUCACUAUCAAGCGGUGAUCAUCAACAGUUGUUUGGAAAUUCUGCAGCAUCAUCAGGAUUCCCAUCGCAGAUUACACCUUCUUCUCCAACUUGGCUUCGCCGAAAAGGCUUCCAUUCACUCAUCUAAGG